GUUGAUCAAACGGACGAUAUUAUAAUUAAAAAAUUUAAAAUGGAAGAUGAAGAUGCGGACAACUCAUUAUAUAUGGACACUGAAAAUUCUUUUACCAGCGUGGGACCCACAAAUGGCUUUUCAAAAAACUCUCCCAUCGUUGGUGGCUUGAAAAUUAAUUCAGUAAAAAAAGUCGUCAUAAAAAAUUUCAAAGAGAAACCGAAGCUACCAGAUGACUAUCAGAAAAAGACUUCAGCAAGAUUGAAAGAGGCAGUUAACUCAAUUCAUCAAAAGCAACCUUUCAACUGCACUCAGCAAGCACUUUAUAAUGAUGUUGAGAACAUGUGCUCGCACAAGAUGGCAUCUCAUCUCUAUAACGAUUUACGUGAAGUGUGUGAAACUCACAUUAAACACAAAGUCAAUGAUUUUGUAACUGAAAUGGAUAGAGAUCAGUUUUUAAAACUGCUUGACCAAGGUUGGAAAACACAUUGCAAGCAAAUGACUGACAUAAGAAGCAUAUUUUUGGUGUUGGAUCGGUCUUAUGUGCUACAAAAUCCAUCCAUUCCUUCCUUGUGGGACAUGGGAUUAGAACUUUUCAGGACAUACAUAGUCAGCAAUCAGAUUGUCAGGUCGAAGAUGAUUGAUGGGUUGUUACGUCUGAUUGAGAAGGAACGAAGUGGAGAGUCCGUCGACAGGCAACUGAUUAAAAGUCUGUUGAGGAUGCUUUCUGAUCUCCAGGUGUACCAGGAGGCAUUUGAAGUGCAGUUCCUGACUGAAAGCAAUCGACUGUACAACGCUGAAGGACAGAAACUCAUCGCAUCACUUGAGGUUCCAAUGUACAUACAUCAUGUCGAUAGGAGGUUGAAAGAGGAAACGGAACGCAUCCUCUACUACCUCGACCAAUCAACAAGAAAACCUCUGAUAUCAUGCUUGGAGGUUGAGUUGAUAGAGAACCAUACAAAAUCAAUACUCCAGAAAGGAUUGGACAUGUUGCUAGAGCAGAACAGGAUAGGUGACCUGACCUUGUUAUUUGAUCUGCUUUCAAGGACGAAAGAUGGCGUCAAGGAGCUGAUGAUUAAUUUCUCAAACUACAUCAAGAAAACUGGCACUCUGUAUGUAAUCAAUCACAACAACGACCCUGAAAAAGAUAAGGACAUGGUUCAAAAUCUUUUAGAUUUCAAAGACAAGAUAGACAAGAUCAUUGAGGUGUGUUUCUGCAAAAAUGACAAGUUCAUCAACAUCAUGAAGGAAUCGUUUGAACAGUUCAUCAAUCAGAGACAGAACAAACCAGCCGAAGUCAUUGCGAAGUACGUUGAUUCAAAGCUGCGAGCUGGAAACAAGGAGUCGACAGAAGAAGAGCUGGAGAAGCUGCUUGACAAGAUCAUGGUCCUGUUUCGUUUCAUUCACGGUAAGGAUGUUUAUGAAGCUUUCUACAAGAAAGAUUUUGCCAAAAGGUUGUUGGUGGGGAAGACUGCCUCUGACGAUGCAGAGAAGUCAAUGUUGUCCAAGUUGAAGCAAGAAUGUGGCGGAGGAUUCACGAGCAAGUUGGAAGGAAUGUUCAAAGACAUGGAGUUGUCGAAAGACAUCAUGCAUAAUUUCAAACAGCACAUGACGAAUGUUACUUUGCCAAGUAAUUGUAACAUAGAGCUGUACGUCAAUGUGCUAACCAUGGGAUACUGGCCAACAUAUACACCGACCGACGUCAACCUAUCAGAAGAAAUGUUGCAGUACCAAGAAAUAUUCAGCAAGUUCUAUCAUUCAAAGCACAGUGGAAGGAGGUUGCAGUGGCAGCACAAUUUGGGUCACUGCGUCCUCAAGGCUGAAUUCACUACCGGCCGCAAAGAACUUUUGGUCUCAUUGUUCCAAGCGUUGUGUUUACUUCUUUUCAAUAAUUCAGAGGAACUCAGCAUUGAAGAAAUCAAAGAAACUACCAAAAUUGAAAUCACGGAACUGAAGAGAACUUUGCAAUCCCUAGCCUGUGGCAAAGCAAGAGUACUCGUCAAACACCCCAAGGGUAAAGAUGUGGAUGACGGCGACAAGUUCACUGUGGCCACGGAUUUCCAACAUAAAUUGUACCGCAUUAAAAUCAACCAGAUCCAAAUGAAAGAAACGCAAGAAGAGAACAUGAUAACAUCUGAGCGAGUGUUUCAAGAUCGUCAAUACCAGGUAGAUGCUGCCAUCGUUCGCAUCAUGAAGAUGAGGAAGACACUCACACACAACCAACUCAUCGCUGAACUUUUUGACCAACUCAAAUUUCCUGUAAAGUCAACUGACCUAAAGAAGAGGAUAGAAAGUUUGAUAGAUCGUGAUUACAUGGAGAGGGAUAAGGAGUCUACCAAUCAAUAUCAUUACGUUGCAUAGAUAGAUUAAUAGGCGAACUAUAUGCUUGUGUCUGUGUGUGUAUGUGUGCGUGAGUAUGUCAUAAUAAACUGCGCUCUUCAUUAUUCUCAAAUUUUUCAUGGUUUCAACUUUUUUAUUCCAAAAUGUGUGCAAAUAUGAAUGGUAAUUAAAACUGAAUAAAAAGAAUAGAGAAUAUAACGUUGGUUUUUCUGGUGGUCCGCUAAUUUUGCUCUGAUGCAUUUUGUUCAAAGAUUUCCACGGCCCAAUUCAUGAUCAACUGCAUACAUUUUUGUAAUUCGUGCUGAAAAUUCUGUAAUUAUAAGAAAUUCGCUCCUUUGUUAAAGUGCAUUUUCAUGAAUAAAUUCUUAUAAAAUGAUGAUAGACUUGAUUCUCAUGUAUGUCGAUUUGAUAAAUUGAGAUCAAGUGAUAUUUUUAACGUCAUUCAAUAAAGUCUAUUCAAUCGCUUUGUUGUUAUCUGUAGACAUAGAAACUAUAAGAGUUUUUAUAUCUAUGGUCUUGUAACAUUAUUUUGAAAAACUAGACAAAGUUUGUAAAUAAUCUCUAUUUAUGUUGUUUCCUGUUCAGUUUGUUUAAUUAGUUGUUAAUAAAUAUUAAAAUCUAGAAAA